AUCAGUGCACAUCCCAGGAAAUACUACAAAUAUGGAGUACACUGUAGCACUACUGUUUUCUUUGCUGCAUGUUAUAAAUGUGGGCACCGCUGCUCCUCUGCCUGUGGAAGUAGUGAAGAUGAAGUCAAAAGUGAAGUGGAUGGCUGAACAGCUGGUGGUUAGGCUGGACAAGGAUUUCCAAGCCCCUGUCGGCCUGACACUCAGCCCACCUGCUGAUGAUCUGGAUGGACCUUCCUCCAUAGUGUCGGUCUUGGACGGUUAUAACAGCCUGAUCUCUGACACACUUAACGGGGUCUCCCAGGUCAAGCUUGACAUCUCUUCACUGACAGGUUACAUCAGUCAGUGGAGGCAGGGGCACUGCAGCGAGCAGCAGCCAAAGCCUCCGGUGCCAGGCUCCCUGCAAGAGUUACAAAGCCGAAAAGAGUUUAUUCACACUGUGAGCAUCGAGGCUCUCAUGAGAGUGAAGGAGUUCCUCAAUCUGCUGCUGAAAAAUCUGGAUCAUCUUGAGACCUGCUGAAAGGCAUUAGGAUCAGUACAGCAGUAGGCCUCAUCUUUGGACAAGCUAUUUCCAGUUAUGUCAAGUCAGCAUCAGUGAUGUCUGACUUGGUUCCACUGGCUAUGCUUCAAUGUGUUUUGAAGGCAAUUUUUUCUUGAACAUGCACUUAUUUAUAUACAUAUGUAUUUAUUUAUCUACUGUAUUUAGAAGAUAUGUAUUUUGUACUAAACUUUUUUUCAUCAGCAUAUUUGCAGAAAAAGGGAACUUUUCACAGGAAUGUUUAUAUGCCAACAGAUCUAGAGUAUGUUUUGCACACAAAUAUAAAUCAGAUGCUCAUAGAUUUGUAAUAUAACCAGUGUUGUGUCAACUCUUAAAAAAAGAGCUACACUUAAUUUAGUCAUAAAGCUGAAUUAACAGUGUAUGGCUGAGUGCAGCCAGAAAAAAAACAUCACCAUGAACAGUGAUGUCAUCUCUUGAAACUUGGCAAGAAUUUAAACAAUGUGUUUGUAUGAGAACUGGUAGAACAGGAAGAGGAAAGGGCAACUUUAAUUUCAGUGCAAUAUCAUCAGCUCUUCCAAAAUGGCUAUUUAUGUCCAUAGGUAUUUUGUAUGUUAUGUACAGUUGACAUUAUUUUUUUAUAACUACUGGA